AUGUCUCAAAAGUCGGGAAGAUCUUCUCCAUCUCCAAAAGAGGAUGACACUCAACUGCAGGUCCCUCCUACUCGAUCAUCCAGAUCUUCCACAUCUUCGCAGCCUGAUGUUGGACCUCAAACUCGCUCGGCUGGUCUUCCCACCAACAUCAAAUUAAAAGUCGCUACUCAAAUGAGUAGACUGCAAUUCAUGAAGGACAUCUUCUCCAAGCUGUCCAACGUCUCAACAUGGACUGUGCAAGACCUGUCCCACACUCAAGAACAACUGCAAGACCUUCACAAGAACUUCUCAAAGACUCAUUCGUAUUUUGAGUCAGCGUGGCCUGAGUCUUGUCUCGACCACGAAUACUUCGCAUCCUCAGUCUUCUUCGAGGAAUACUCUCUAUUCCAAUCAGCCAUCUCGAAAUUAAUCCAACUCAAUAUGUCACUCAAUCCUGUGGAUUCACAGCCAUCCACUUCUGCUCAAGCCCCUCAGCCUUCUGAAACUCGUCCUCGAUUGCCUGACAUCUCAAUUCCCACCUUCUCAGGCGACUUCUCAAAAUGGCCUGCAUUCCGAGACCUUUUUCAGUCUCUCGUGAUCAAUAGCACCUCAAUUUCUGACAUUGAAAGGUUACAUUACCUUCGGACAUGUCUCUCUCACGAACCUCUCGACACCAUCUCUAGUCUUCCCUUAAUGGAAGUCUCGUUCCCCAUAGCUUGGAAGAAGCUUAUGGACAAAUAUGAGAAUAAAAGGCUGCUCCUCUCUUCUCAAUACGCAAAACUUCUCUCCUUCUCAUUGGCGAAUCAGAAAAAUUCUACCGCCUCAUCUCUUCGUCAAUUUAUUGACAGCAUCGUCAAUCCUCUCCAAAGUUUGAAAGCUCUAGGUGAAGAUCUAGAGCAGAAUAACAAUCUUUUGGUGUUCCAUAUCAUCAAUCGUAUGGAUCACGCCUCUCGAACUCAUUGGGAAACUCUCAUCUCCUCCAAUACCGAAUUUCCCUCCUUCGCUCAGUUGAUGGAGUUCCUCCAAUCUCGCUCCAGAGCUCUAGAAUGGACUGAGUCCAACCAGAGACAGUCAUCUCAAGAAUCCUCUCGCUCUCACCUCAAGUAA